GUCGCAUUGAUGCUUGAAAUAUUCUACUAUAAUAUCUUUCUGUCAUGCCAAGAACAACGGCUACUACAGAAACAAUCCAUGUCCCCGUCCUCAUCGUCGGAGGCGGUAUUGUCGGCCUCAGUGCUUCCUUAUUCCUCUCCCACAAUGACAUUCAUUCCUUACUCGUAGAGCGGCAUUCGAGCACAUCAAUCCACCCUCGAGCUCGCAGUGUCAAUGCUCGUACCAUGGAGAUAUUUGGAAGCAUUGGACUUUCCGAACUGGUCCGUGAUGCAGGAGCUUCAUUGGCACCUAGUAAGGGUAUUCUUCAUUCGAAUGACUCCUUCAAAUCUGUCAUGGAAGCAAGACCCAGAAUGCAGAAGAACCCGGCCACAGAUACCCGGGGGUGGUUUGUUCGGUGGGCAAAGAUAGGCCCUGAAGAUGGCACCUUUGUGACGCAGGAUAUGCUUGAACCAGUGUUAUUAAAGGUUGCAGCUGAAAGAGGAGGAGAUAUACGGUUCCAUACUGAGUGCACAGGGAUAAGACAAGAUCAAGAAAAAGUGACCGCCACCAUUCAAAAUCGAGAGACAGGUGACACCAUCACUGUCAUAGCAGAUUAUCUGAUAGCUGCCGAUGGGGCCAACUCUCCCAUCCGGUCUCAAUUAAAGGUUCCAACUACAGGUCGUGGUACCAUGGGACAUCUACUCAAUAUCCUCUUUCAAGCUGAUCUGAAGGAUCUUGUUGAAAAGCGCGAAAUCAGUCUCUGCGUCAUUGACCGUCCUGAAGUUGCGGGGUUACUGACAGCUAUCAACAACAGCGAUCGAUGGGUAUUCCAUUUGAGUUACGAUCCUUCUCGAAACGAGAAGCCCGGAGACUUGUCACCUGAAAUAUGCAGAGAGUUAUUACGGAUUGCCUUAGGUAUACCAGACCUCAAGAUCAGAAUUUUAUCCAUCUUACCUUGGCAGCCUUCCGUUAGAGUCGCAACAAAACUUCAACACGGUCGAACUUUCCUCGCUGGUGAUGCGGCACAUCAGAUGCCACCGUACGGUGGCCAGGGGGCAAAUACGGGAAUCUCAGACGCAUACAACCUAGCAUGGAAACUCUCCCUCGUAUUGAAAGACAUGGCUCAUCCCAGGUUAUUAGAGACGUACGGUAUAGAGCGACUACCGGUGGGAAAAGUGGCAGCGGAAGCAUCAGCAGCUCCUGCCGAUGAUCGGGGGCUGAUCUCUCCAUUGAAGCUGAAUUGGAAGACUCUGAAUGGAUGGUCCAAGAUUGUGCCGCUGACAAGCGGGUUUGGCUCUGCAGUGAUCGAAGAGAAUACCUGGCCACUCCGAGGUGUGACAUGGAAGGCCUGGAGUGCCCCUUCCUUGCUCCAUUCGCUGGACGGGCGACCUGGAUCUCGUGCACCGCACGUGUGGGUCGAAAAGGAUGGGAAGACAAUUUCCACCCUUGAUCUUUUGGGCAAAGGGUUUGUGUUGCUGAUAGGAAAUGAAGGGAAGGGUGCUUGGACUGAGGCUCUUGAGACAGUGAAACUCAAGUUCAAGGAUCUGGAGCUCAUUGGCUAUUGCGUGGGACCGAAUGGCAAAAUUAUUGUCAAAAGGAGCAAGGAGUGGGAAAUCGCAGCGGGGAUAUCAUCGAAUGGAGCGUUGCUGGUUCGGCCCGAUGGAUUUGUUGCUUGGAGACAGAGAAAAAUACCGACCGAGGUCCAGGCUGAGCUGGAGCGAGUAAUCAGAAAGAUCUUGUGUCUCUAAGGGGGCUGGAGUGUACCUCACGCUCC